CCUGGGCCAAUCACUGAUCCUCAGAACUUUCCUCUCCUCACCAAUAAAAUGGGUUGUAUGAGGACUAGGUGAGGUAAUCUAUUUAAAGUCUCUGAAACAGGACCCAAAAGGUGAUGGUGGCCCAGAGAGGGACAGUGACUUGCCUGGAGAUACACAGCACCCUCUUUCUCCUACUGAGUCAUGUGUGCCUUCCUUGACUCACCAGGCACCCACUCCGUGUCCAGUGGUACUGGGAACCUCAAGCAGACGCUGCUAUGGAAGCCAACCUAGGAGCCGCAGGCCACGGGCCACACACAGAGCUCGAGGAUGAGGAAUACUACCCCCAGGGCGGCUGGGACACGGCCUUCCUGGUGGCCCUCCUGCUCCUGGGGCUGCCUGCCAAUGGGCUCGUGGCGUGGCUGGCUGGCUCACAGGCCCGGCAGGGCGCGGGCACGAGGCUCGCCCUUCUUCUGCUCAGCCUGGCUCUCUCUGACUUUCUGUUCCUGGCGGCAGCGGCCUUGCAGAUCCUGGAGAUCCAGCACGGAGGGCGCUGGCCGCUGGGGACGGCUGCCUGCCGCUUCUACUACUUCCUGUGGGGCGUGUCCUACUCCUCCGGCCUCUUCCUGCUGGCGGCCCUCAGCCUGGACCGCUGCCUGCUGGCGCUGUGUCCUCGCUGGUACCCUGGGUGCCGCCCAGCCCGCCUGCCCCUCUGGGUCUGCGCCGGGGUCUGGGUGCUGGCCACGCUCUUCAGCGUGCCCUGGCUGGUCUUCCCCGAGGCUGCCGUCUGGUGGGACAGCCUGGUCAUCUGCCUGGACUUCUGGGACAAUGAGGAGCUUCCACUGCGGAUGCUGGAGAUUCUCGGGGGCUUCCUGCCUUUCCUCCUGCUGCUUGUCUGCCACGUGCUCACCCAGGCCGCUGCCUGUAGGACCUGCUGCCACCAGCAACCUAGGCCCACAGCCUGCCAUGGCUUUGCCCGUGUGGCCACGACCAUUUUGUCAGCCUAUGUGGUCCUGCGGCUGCCCUACCAGCUGGCACAGCUGCUGUACCUGGCCUUCCUGUGGGACAUCUACCCCGGCUACCUGCUCUGGGAAGCCCUGCUCUACUCUGACUAUCUGAUCCUGCUCGACAGCUGCCUCAGCCCCUUCCUCUGCCUCCUGGCCAGCGCCGACCUCCAGGCCCUGCUGCGCGCCGUGCUCUCCUCCUUCGCGGCAGCUCUCUGUGAGGAACGGCCGGGCAGCUGCACAGCAGCUGAGCCACAGACCCAGAUGGACUCGGGGGGUCCGACUUUGCCAGGGCUGAUGGCUGAGGCCCAGCCACAGGCAAACCCCAUGGUCCAGUCACAGGCGGACCCCGUGACCCAGCCACAGUCAGAUUCUGUGGCCCAGCCACAGGUGGACCCCAUGACGCAGCCACAGUCAGAUUCUGUGGCGCAGCCACAGUUAGAUUCUGUGGCCCAACCACAGGUGGACUUUGUGGCCCAGCCACAGGCCAAGCCUGAGGUACAGACCCCUGCACUCACUGCCAGGUCAGCCCACCGCCUCUGUGAUGAAGCCUCUGCCCCAUCUACAGAUCUCACCCCCGAGGCCCCUGACAACCUGGCCACGCCUGCUGCUUCUGAGGGGAAAAGCCCCUGCAGGGGUUUCUCUGUGGAGGCCCCCAGGGCAGGCUCCACCUGAGGGUCCAGGAAAGCCAAGCCCACAGGGCAGCGGAAGAGCCAGAGGGAGACGGAGGAGCCAAUCGGUCAGGGGGCAGGGGUUUGUGGAGGAAGUCAUCAUGGAGAACCCCAGCCCAGUCCCUUGGGCCUGGCAGGAGGGCUUGGGGGAAGUGAAAAUGAAGCGGCCGAAAGUCCCAGGUGGUUUGCUGUGAGCAUCACACCCCUUCCUGAGGCCCACCAAGCCCGUCCACACUGCCCCCACACACAGCGGCCCCUGUGGAUGGUGUCCUGCUCGGCUCUGCCCCCCAACUCCCAGUCCCCACUGAUGGCUCCCCCUAGCCUCAGUCCUGCAGGAGAAAGGCAGCAGGGGCGACCCCCCGGCUGGAUCUGACCUCCUUCCGAUCACUCCCUUCCUCCGCCCCUCCCUGUCCAGUCCUCCAGCCUGGGAACGCGGAGCCCCACGGAGGAAAUCCUGCAGAGAAGGGAGGCGUUCAGGAGCCGAGGGGAGCCCAGCGCCCUUGGAGCCCACAAGCUGGCACGGCCUGGCCAAGCCCUCUCCACCGGCCCUCACCCCACAGCGGGCAGCGGGGCUGGGGCAGGACUUCCCUCAGCAAGGCAGUUGGGGCAGAGGCGAGGGCUACCAAGCCUGGAUCCAAACUGGCUCUGGGUGACUGUGGACAAGCGGCUUCACCCACUGAGCUUCUGCUUCAUCUGCUGUUGGAGGAUUAGAAGAAAAAGUGUGUUAGAUGCCCAGCAAGAGCCUGGCACAAUGAGGGCUUGACGAACAGCACUCCUCCUUCACGGGCAUCCAGGGAUGUUGCCACAGGGGCUGGAGGCGCCACCUAAGCAUCCGGGACCCUGUGAGCUUCGGGGCAGACCCGCUGUGUCUGUGACCGGUUCCAGCCUGGAGACACCCAGGUGGCCCAAGAGAGCACAUGCUGCCUCUGCCUCGGGCAGCUCCAGGUGACUCCAAGGUCUGCUCCAUUCAAGGGUUCAACUAGUGGCCGCCUAACGCCUCCACCAUGGUGGGGGCUGCAGGUGCAGAGCAUCCUGGUCCCACCUUCCUAAUCUAAGCCUCUUCCAUGCACUCUGUGCGGAUGCAUAGGUGGAGGAGGUCCAAGCAGAGAGCUCUGGGACCAGUGGCUCCAGGAAGGGCACAGACCCCAAAUAGGGCACAUAGUAUCUCUCCGGCAGAGCCAUCCUCUCCCCUCACAAGCUGCAGACACUACAAGAAAUCUAGAAAGUGCUGAAGGUCUAUUUUCUGACUCCCACCCCACUUCCCUUUCUCACCCUUCACUCUCUUCUGCCCUCACCCAACCCCCCCGCUCUCUCUCAAUGCCCAGUGUUCCUUUAU